AUGCAGGAGCUGGAGGGGCGUGUCCAGGUGAGCUUCAAAGUCGAGCGUCUGCGGCUCUUUGAUGUGGCCUCAGACGCUCUUUCACAAACGCAGGAUUCUAGAACACAGAGCGGCACUGACGACCGCUUUAAUGUGACAGGGUUAAAGACCUCAGCACUCAGCAGGAGUGCGCUCAGCUGCCGUCUGCCGUGGACGCUCCGAAACAACACUUUUCUGUUUUCCUCCAGAGAGUGUCACCCGAUCAGCAGGAGGGUACAGGCCGGGCGCUGCGGGGCCAUUGUGUCCCAGUGUAGGGCCAGGCUUCUCAGCAGCAGCGAGGAGCUAGGAGCGGGUUUGGGCAGGUUUCUCUCCCGCUCCCAACUGUUUGAAGUCAGCCAAACGGGAUCCUAUGCCCAGUAUUUUAUGAUGCUUAACCUGGCAACCCUGCAGAACCAGACAUGCAAUUCCUUGACGCUGGGAGGCUUGUGA